AUGUCUCAACUUAGAGAAAACAUAAAAUUGUUGAGUGUUACUAAAACUUCAAUUUUGGCGAUUGAAAAGUUUAAAAACGGGUACGAUGCAGAAACUGAUCGUGACCAAAUCGAAUCCCGUCUAAUGAAACUUGACCAAUUGUAUGAACGCUAUGUGAAUACAUCAAUCUCAGUGGAAGUAUCACUGGAUGAUAACGCCGAAAUUGAUUACAACGAAGAACGAGAGGAAAUGGAAGAGAAAUACUAUAAGCUGCGUGCCUUUUUGUUAGCACAAGGAAUAGAUGAUCGUAGAUCUGCCCCAUUAGAAUCUACACAUACUACUUCAACUAUUGUUCGAUUACCGAAGAUCGAUUUGCCAACGUUCGAUGGAAAUAUUAAUAAUUGGAUUCCGUUCCGUGAUGCAUACGAUAGUCUCAUCCAUGAUAAUAAAUUUCUAAAACGAAUCGAUAAAUUCCACUAUUUACUAGCUGCGCUUAAAGAUCCUGUAAAGAAAUUACUUGAUACGAUCAGUAUUAGUGAUGAUAAUUACACCAUUGCUUGGGAGCUGUUGAUAAGUCGAUUUGAUAACAAACGCUUAUUAAUCAGCAAUCAUAUCGCUUCUCUUUUCUCUAUCGAAGCUAUAAGGAAGGAGACAUCUAACGCAAUAUUAAAAUUAGUCGAUCAAUUUGAACGACAAGUAAAGAUUCUCACGACUUUAGGUGAACCAACUGAAUCGUGGAGUUCUCUUUUAGUACAUAUGAUAUGUAGUCGCCUGGAUAAAAACACUUUAAGAGAAUGGGAAAGGUUGACAAGCAAAGAGAAAGGUAAGAUUCCAACCUACCACGAAAUUAUAAAUUUUCUACAAGAACAAGCUCGAAUAUUAUUAUCAUUAAAUAAUGGAAUCACUAACUCCAAUCCGAAAGAAACAGCACGAUAUUCACUCGCCCACACCGCAUCUGUAUCACAUUCAACACCCCCCACGACUAUUAUGACGACUAAUUGUAUGGUAUGCAACAAUGUACAUCGAAUAUAUGACUGUGACAACUUCAGACAUAUGACUCUAGGACAGAAACAAGACAUCGUUCGUAGGAACAAUCUCUGCUGGAAUUGUCUCGGUUCCAGUCACAUGAGCCGCGACUGCUCAUCGAAAUGUUGCCGAAAAUGUAAUGGCCGACACCACACUCUUUUACACUCUCCCCCACCAAACGAUCAGUACCCUCAAACGACUAUGAACACGACCUCGACAAGACAUCAGACCACGACUAAAUCUAACGGGAAUGAUACUCCAACUCGCUCUCCGACGCUUACAUUCACGAAACUGUCCUCACCAAUUCAGAAUAAUUCACACGGAACAUCCUCGAUGCACCCCAAGUCCACUGCCCCACCACACGUAGCAACCAACGCUCUCACUGCCGCCCAAUCAAUUGAUAACACCUGUUCCACCGUACUUCUCUCCACCGCAAUCGUGAAGGUUUAUGGGCCUUCAGGAAAAGCAGCAUUUGUUCGUACAUUGUUGGAUUCUUGUUCCGAAGCAAAUUUCAUCACGGAAAACAUUGUGCAACUACUCGGAUUGAAACGCAAUCGGAAAUCGUCCACCAUCGUAGGCAUGGGUGGUUCUACAGUGAAAAGUGUUCACUGCACAGAAGCCACAUUCAGCUCAGUCGACUCUACAUACUGCCACACAUUAACGUUCAGCAUACUACCGAAAAUUACGAAUGAUCUUCCUGUUAGACCAAUCAAUAUCUCACAGUUGAAUAUUCCUUCGGGUCUGGUUCUUGCGGAUCCAGGUUUUGCUUCACCUCAGAAAGUUGACAUGGUUAUCGGUGCUCAACUCUUCUUCCAUCUAUUGUGUGAUGGACGAAUUUCCAGCAGCGAUCUUACCACCGGUACUCAACCCGUUCUACAGCGUACAGUAUUCGGCUGGAUUGUGAGUGGUGCUGUUGCAGAUCAAGUUUCAUCCACCGAACCAUGCAAUAUUGCCCUACUUUGUGUUACCGAAUCGCUGGAUAAACAGCUAACAAAAUUUUGGGAGACAGAGAGCUGUACUGAAUUUCGAAAUCUGUCCAAAGAAGAAUUAGCUUGCGAGAAACUAUUUAGUGAAACCACCACUAGGGAUGAAUCAGGUCGAUUCAUUGUCCGAUUGCCGAAGAAAGAACCGAUGAUAAGUCAACUUGGCGACUCUUCAUCAACCGCCAUUCGCCGUUUCUGUUGGAUGAAGCGACGUUUGGCUAAAAAUCCCACGCUACAAGAGCAAUACUCCAUUUUCAUGCGGGAAUACAUGGAGCUGGGGCACAUGAUUCCAAUCAACAACACCGAAAACAUACUUUGUUCUCCCACGUUUUACCUUCCACACCACGCAGUAAUAAAACCGACUAGCACUACCACUAAAUGUCGGGUUGUUUUCGACGGAUCAAGCAAGUCAUCAACGGGAAUUUCAUUGAACGAUUGUCUGAUGGUUGGUCCAACGAUUCAAGAUUCACUAGUCGCUAUUAUUACACGCAUCCGAUUACAUGAAAUUGCCCUGGUUGCGGACAUCGCCAAGAUGUACCGGCAAAUUUGGAUACACCCUGAUGACAGACCACUCCAACGUAUAUAUUGGCAGAAUGAAUCUGAACCCGAUAUUCGACAGUUCGAACUCACGACGGUUACAUAUGGCACUGCUAGUGCCCCGUAUUUGGCAACCCGCUGUCUCAAACAGCUAUCUGUUUUACACUCCAAAGAGUGUAACGAUCCUGCUGCGAAAUUAGGCAAGGAUUUUUACGUAGAUGAUCUGCAUAGCGGCGCAGACACCUUUGAGGAAGCGUUUGAAAUUUACACACAACUACAAAAGAUUUGUAGUAGUGCAGGGUUUGAGCUCCGGAAAUGGGCAUCAAAUUCCUCUGAAAUCUUAUCACGCAUCCCCCCUGAUAUGAAAGAUGAGCGAUCAAUUUUGGAAAUUGAUGACACACUCAACGACUCUAUUAGUACACUUGGUUUACUGUGGCAUCCUGCCUCUGAUACAUUUCGUUUUAAAGUUCCUGAAUUCACCCACAACCGCCCAAUCACAAAACGAAUUGUAGUAUCGGAGAUGGCCAGACUUUUCGAUCCACUCGGGAUUCUGGGUCCAAUUGUUGUGAAGGCAAAAAUAUUCGUCCAGAAAUUAUGGAAAGACAACCUCUCCUGGGACGAAACGCUCCCUGAUAAUUUGAUAUCGACAUGGGAAGCAUAUCGUCUCGAUUUAACAAACUUGAAUGACUUUUCCGUGCCUCGUCUGGUCAAGGCUCCAGGUUCACGGAUUAACAUCCAGUUACACGGAUUUUGUGACGCAUCGGAAUAUGCAUACGGUGCAUGCAUUUUUGUAAGAAGUAUAGGAGUGGAUGGCAGAGUUACCGUCCGCUUGCUCAUAGCGAAAUCUCGAGUCGCUCCAGUGAAAUCGUUAACAAUUCCACGACUGGAACUCUGUUCAGCAGUCCUUCUCAGUCAACUUUAUUAUCAGACAGUUCUCGCUCUAAACAUAAACGCUAAUGCUUUCUUUUGGUCUGAUUCUAUGAUCACACUCCACUGGUUAAAAGGUUCCCCAUCCAAGUACCAGACGUUUGUAUCCAACCGCAUCGCAGAGGUACAGCGUCUCACCGAAGGUCAUCCCUGGAAUCACGUUCCCGGACUGGAGAACCCAGCAGACAUAAUCUCCAGAGGCAUCAGUUCUAGCGAUUUGAUCCACACAGCCUUGUGGUGGAAAGGUCCACCUUGGCUAACAUCCGAAGCAGAUGAGUGGCCGAGCAUGCACAUUCCUCACCAUCCAGUGUCAACUGACAUCCUCGAGGAAAAACCCCUCAAGAAGAUAGCAGCGAUUGCCCACCAAAUAAUCGACAAUCAAUCGUUAUUCCAACGGUACUCAUCUCUCACCAAGCUGGUGCGAAUCGCAGCAUGGUGUCGCCGAUUCGUACAGCAAUGCAAAUCGAAGAAUCAGGGGAAGCCACUGAACUCAACACGUUACAUAACUGCUGAAGAAUUUCACCAAGCUCUCAUGGGCCUCGUUCAAGUUGUCCAGAGAGAAAAAUUCAGUAGUGAAAUAAGCUCAAUUUGCGCUGGCAGAAGCGCUGAUCUCAAGCGGUCAUCCCUCCGAAGAUUGAACCCGUUUUUUCAGGAUGGAAUACUCCGCGUCGGUGGCCGGUUGAGCCACUCACUUCACACCUUCGAGAAGAAACAUCCAGUCGUCCUACCAGCUGACCAUCCUUUCACCGCGCUCUUGAUCGCAUCCGCACACAAGCAGUUACUCCACGCUGGCCCUCGAUUGAUGAUGGCACACAUCCGAGAGCGUUUUUGGCCGCUCAAUCUCCGUAACCUGGCACGGAAGGUUGUACGAACGUGCAUACAAUGCUUCCGCACCAAACCUGAACUACAACAACAGCUGAUGGGUCAGCUUCCGAGUGUACGGGUGACACAAUCCCGUGCAUUUCUCGACACCGGCGUCGAUUUUUGUGGUCCAAUCCAUUUGAAGCCCCAAGGCAGAAGAAGCAGAGCAGGUCCCCUGAUUAAAUCGUACAUUGCACUGUUCGUUUGCAUGACAACAAAAGCAAUCCACAUCGAGAUGGUCAGCGACCUCACCACCGAAGGAUUCAUCGCAGCGUUGAAGCGGUUCGUGGCUCGACGUGGAAGACCACGAACUAUAUUCUGUGACAACGCUACCAACUUCACCGGAGCCGAGAAGGAGUUGAAAACUCUUCUCAGGCAGUUCAACGAUCAACAACAUCAGCACACAGUAACUUCACUAUGCGCCGAAAUCGGUAUACAAUUUAAUUUCAUCCCGGCUCGCGCUCCCACGUUUGGAGGUCUGUGGGAGGCGGCGGUAAAAUCAUUGAAGCACCAUCUACGAAGAGUUGUCGGCUUAGAAGCUCUUACCGCCGAAGCAAUGCAAACGGUUUUGACCCAAAUUGAGAGUUGUCUCAAUUCCCGACCUCUGACUGCCCUGUCUGAAGACCCCAAUGACUUGGCAGUCCUCACUCCUGGACACUUUCUGGUCGGAUCAGCACUCCAAUCAAUCCCGGAGCCCGACCUGGCCGAAGUUCCAGUAAACCGAUUAUCCUUAUGGCAAGCGAUGCAGAGAAAGUUACAACUAUUCUGGAAGCUCUGGUCCACUGAUUAUCUCCAGCAACUCCAGCAGCGUACAAAGCAUUUCAUUCGUCAACCGAAUGUCUUAGCUGGUCAGCUAGUUCUGUUGAAAGACGACAAUUUGCCCCCACUAAAAUGGAUUGUGGGACGCAUCAUCUCGACGCAUCCUGGCACCGAUGGUAUAGUACGCGUCGUGAAAGUCAAGACAUCAUCUGGUGCAGUAUUCGACAGGACUGUUGUGAAGGUCUGCAUUCUCCCCUGCAACGAGCCAGCUGCAGCUAACCAAACCCAUACCAUGGAAGAAGACACCGACCGACAGCUCCCCACACGUUCCUCCAGCUAA